AACGCUUUCUUCAUCUUUCAUCCUCAUCUAAUUUCACCGUUUGUUGAUUGCAAUCACUUCCUUUUUUUUAUCUUCUUCAAAUCCUUCCCUUGCAAAAAUGAAAAAAGAAAAAACCUUCCCCUUCAAAUCCUUUCACUGGAGUUUUAGCACCCUUCUUCUUUCCAUUGUUUGCAUUCACUUCCUUUGAUCUUCUUCAAAUUUCCUUGUCAAAAGCAAAAAAAAAAAUGGCCGAUUUGCUAGUUGAAACUCCUCUCUCUGCUUUCCUCCAAGUUAUUUUCGACAGGUUGGCUUCCCGUGAGGUCUUGGACUUCAUUAGAGGAAAGAAACUUGAAGAUGGCCUUCUUAGGAAACUGAAGCCAACGCUCAUGUCAGCUAACGUCGUGCUGAAAUAUGCUGAAAAUGAGCCUAUUACCGAUAAGGAUGCCAGAGCCUUGAUUGAUGAGCUCAAAGAUGCUGUUUAUUGUGCGGAUGACCUCCUUCAUGAGAUCGCGGCUGAAGCCCUUCAAAGUAGGAUGGAAUCCGAGGGUCAAACUAGUAAGGUAAGGAAGGUAAGCCGCUUUUUCUCUUCUCGCAAUCCUUUCGAAAGGGGGAUGGAAUCAAAGCUUGGGGAAAUCCUUGAGAAAAUAGAAUAUCUACUCAACCAAGAGGGUAUCCGCGGUUUGAAAAAAUAUUGUAAAGGAGAAAAGGAAUUUCAAAAAUCCCGUGAAACUUCUUCAGUGGAUGAAACUGGUGUUUUUUAUGGCAGAGAUGGUGAAAAAGAAGCAAUAAUGCAGUUGUUGCACUCAGAAUAUCUAACUGAAAAUCAGAUAGAUGUGAUUCCAAUAUUGGGUCUGCCUGGGGUUGGUAAAACCGCCUUUGCACGAUUCAUCUACAACGACGAGAGAGUGGCCGAAUGGUUUGACCUCAAAGCAUGGGUGUGUGUUUCAGACCAAUUUGAUGUUUCCAGAGUAACCAAAACCAUUCUUGAUGCGAUCACUUCUGGUUGUGAUGAUAGUCAGAAUCUAGAGCAGCUUCAACUUAGACUCAAGGAGAAGCUGUUGGGAAAGAAGUUUCUAUUUGUUUUAGACGAUGUUUGGAACGAGAAUUAUAGUUAUUGGAAAAAACUCAUAAGUACUUUCACUUCUGGGGCAAAAAAUAGCAAGAUUAUCGUAACAACACAUAGUGGAAGGGUUGCAUCCAUUGUGAGGACUGUUCCAACUUUUGAUCUUCAUAUCUUAUCUGAUGAUGAUUGCUGGAAGUUAUUUGCAACACAUGCAUUUGUCGAUGGAAUCCCAAGCAUGCAUCCAGAUCUGAAGGUAAUCGGUGAAGAGAUUGCCAAAAGAUGCAAAGGCCUCCCUCUAGCAGCAACAACACUUGGAGGUCUUUUGCGUGGUGAAUUGGGUGUUGACGCAUGGAAUAAAAUAUUAAGGAGCCCUUUAUGGGACAUAACAGACGAUAUUCUUCCAGCAUUAAGAUUGAGUUAUUAUUAUCUUCCAUCAGAGUUGAAGCGUUGCUUUGCAUAUUGUUCAAUUUUUCCCAAAGAUUAUGAAUUCACAAAAGAAGAACUCAUUCAAUUAUGGAUGGCUGAAGAUCUUUUACCGCUUUCCAAAGAAAAUGACGAUGCGGAAGAUAAAGGUAAUGAGUACUUCAAGAAGUUAGAAUUGAGGUCAUUUUUUCAAAAAUCAAAAGGGGAUAAAUGUUGUUUCGUUAUGCAUGAUCUGAUUAGUGAUUUAGCUAAAUCUGUAUCUGAAGAGUUUUUUUGCAGUUUAGAUGGUAGUGAUGGUUCAUGUGAAAUAACUGAAAAGACUCGUCAUUUGUCCAAUAUCCAAGGAAGCUAUGAUGUGAGUAAGAAAUUUAAGACAUUAUCCAAAGCAAAAAGUUUGCGAACGUUCCUGACUUUUCAGUCAUCGUCACUCUGGUGUUAUGUUACCAGCCAACUGAUUGAUUUGAUAACAAAAUGUAGAUGCUUACGAGCACUUUCUUUGGCUAAAUAUCGUAAUAUCAAUGAGUUGCCAGAAGAAAUUGGCAAUUUAAAAUUUUUGCGAUAUUUGAAUCUCUCUCAAACGUUAAUUACAUGUUUGCCGAACUCUUUGAGUACACUGUAUUAUUUGCAAACAUUAAUAUUGUUUGAAUGCUUGGAGCUUGCGGAGUUGCCAAAAGACAUGUGCAGAUUGAUCAACUUGCAACAUCUCGAUAUUCGGAAAACAGAUUUAGAAAGGAUGCCUGAAGGAAUGGAUAAGUUGAAAGAUCUUCGAAUAUUAACAGAUUUUGUUUUGGGCGACCAAAAUGGUUCAAGCAUUAAUGAGUUAGGAAAGCUCAAGCAUCUACGUGGAAGCCUUGCCAUUUCAGGUUUAGAAAAUGUUGCCCGUGCAAGGGAUGCCAAAGAUGCCAAUUUGAAGGAGAAGAAGGACCUUAAGGAGUUGGAGUUGCUGUGGAGUUCAGGUCAUGAUAUUGAUGAUACAACACAUGAAAGAGAAGUACUUGAACAACUGGAGCCCCAUACAAACUUGGAGCGUCUUGUCAUUAGUUAUUAUGGAGGUACAGGAUUCCCGGAAUGGGUGGGGCGUUCUCCAUUCUCAAAUGUGGUAUCUGUGGAGUUAAGCGGUUGUAAAUAUUGCUUGUUCUUGCCACCGCUUGGGCAAUUAUCAUCUUUGGAAUCUCUCUCUAUUUCAGGGUUUUCCGGAGUAGUAACAGUCGGUGAUGAUAAUGAUGGUUUCUAUGGGCAUUGUGAUGCAUCGAGUAAACCAUUUGGCUCUCUUAAAACUCUAGGCUUUUGGAAUAUGCCAGAGUGGAAAGAAUGGAAGCUUUGUUCGAGAGAUGAUGCUUUCUCUAGUUUGCAAGAGCUAAGCAUAAGAGAUUGUCCCAAGCUAGCCAAUUCUCUGCCCAAGCACCUCCCAUCUUUAACGAAACUUUGGAUUUACCGUUGUGGAAAUCUUGGUGGCUUGCUUCCUAGGGCACCAAGCAUUUGCAAACUUGAGUUACGGCUUUGCGAUGCAUUGCAAUUGGUGCCAUUGCCCGGCGGGCUUCGAGAGUUCGAUAUUUGCAAUCGGAUUAUCAAUGAUUCCAUAAUGGAGCAGAUGAUGGAACGCUGCACUCGUCUUGAAAAGUUAACUAUGUUUAAUUGUUCUAAUCUCAGAUCCCUUCCUGAAGGUAGUCUUCCUAUAACGCUGAAGCAAUUGAGAAUCUAUGGUGGUGUCUUGGAUUGUUUCAAAAUCCCCUUGUAUAAAUCCCUUGAAUCCUUGAUGAUUUUAAGCGGAAGGUGUCAUCCCGUAGGAUCUUUUCCAUUAGGAUCAUUUCCUAUGCUAAAUAAUCUUUAUUUACAAUGCGACAACUUGAAGUGGAUUGGUGCAUCAGAGGGGCCUCACCAUCAGCAUCUCGCAUGUCUCAAAUCUUUGGUAAUCUGUUCCUCUGAUUUUAUAUCUUUUCAAAUUGAAGAGGGAUUAUCUGCCACCAAUUUAACCUCACUUACCCUUGCCUCUUGCGUAAAUUUAAAGUCAUUUCCAGAGCAUAUGCACUCCCUCUUCCCAUUCCUUGAGGGAUUGAUAAUAUCAGAUUGUCGAGAAAUAAGGUCAUUUCCAAGCGAGGGUUUGCCCUCCAAACUAAAAACUAUUUCUAUCUCAGAAAGUGAUAAACUGAUUACGGGCAUGACGAGGAGGGAAUGGAGUUUGCAAACACUCCCUUUUCUGACACGCUUCAAAAUCGAGAGUUCAAAAUUAGAGAUAGAGUGUUUUCCAGAUGAACAUCUGCUGCCCUCUUCUCUUACUGAUCUUGAGAUAUGGGGUCUUCCAAAUCUUAAGCUUUUGAACAGCAAGGGCUUUCAACACCUUACCUCUCUUCGCCAUUUGCAUAUCAGCCAUCUUUCGGAGCACGAUUACUACGAGGCAACUAAGUUCCAUUCACUCACAGGUGCAAAAGAGUCUUUUCCAGAUGAACAUCUGUUGCCCUCUUCUCUAACCGAUCUUCACAUAUGUUGUUUUCGAAAUCUUAAGCAUUUGGACGAUAAGGGCUUUCAACACCUCACCUCUCUCCUCAGGUUGCAUAUCAAGUGUUGUCCUUCGCUGAAAGAAAGUUGCAAGAAGGGGACCGGUAGAGAUUGGCCCAUCAUUUCCCACAUCCCCGUCAUUUGGAUUGACAAUGAAGUCAUUAUAUAGCAACACUCAGAAGCCAAAUGUGUCAACGUGGCCCUUUGCCAUUAUUAACGCAAUCUAACUCAUGGCUACCAUCACCCUAGCUACUUCUGAGCGUUGUUGCCAAUUUUAAUUGAUUAUUUCCAUCAAAAUGAAGUUCUUCUUCCGUAAGUUGCCGUACGCUGGAGGUGCAAUAGCUCGUUUUUCUAUCCAGGAAUUAUCUGCAUGACAGUUUUUGAUGGUUUGACAACUUUGCGUUAAGAUCCGCAUAGUUCAUUUCAAAUUUGGAUUUCCUGGAGUAGUAUUGCCUAUGAGCAUAGAUUUUAAAUCAAUAAAGAAAAAUGACCUUUACUCCUUCAUUCUCUUGUAUGGUAUGAAAUUGGUGACUACCAUAUUCUCUAGUUCAUAACAGAAGCCCUGGUUUCCUUUCCAUGAUUCAUUCAGUUCAAGGACUACUUAAACAACUUGAACAGCUGCUUCUGUUAAAAGAUCUCUCCACUUGGGGGUUUUCCUGAGUAGCAAGUAAGGAUCCUAGCUUUCAUGGCAGGAGAUUGAGGCUGAAAGAGAUUGAAGUACUUGGUUUUGGGUCAGAGGUUCUACUUUGAGAGUGAAAAUGAGGAAGUUGAGGAGAAAGUGUUUGACAGACAUGGAAAUGUAUCUAAUGCUUCUGAUUCUUCAGCUGAAAACCAGCAGCAGAACAACCCCACUUCCUAUGAUACUUCAUGACCUCAAAGCUACAGAGUGAUUAAAGCGAGCAACUGAGCAAAAUUGAAGUAGUUGGUCGGACUUGCAUGACAAACGAGGUCAUAAUCAAACUGAAAUGGUAAUUAUUGAUCUUCAACUGUUGUGCUAUGUUCCAGGUUGCCGCUUACAUCCUGUUACUUAUGAGAAUUUGUUGCAAAUUUAAGUUGGUUAUUGUCGUUUAUUUAAGUUACUUUUGCAUCCAAAUUUAUUUUGUUCUAGAGCUAACU